UGCGCAUGACGUCACAGAGUCAUCGAUCGGUACGUCACGUUGCGGCAUCGGUAGUGCAAAAAAAAAAACUCUGUUUGAUGAAAUGUAGUCUGAUGUACGCUUCUCAAGCUAACGGACCGAUAUGAGGUCAUUUCUGUAGUGUAUUUGUAGUGUCUAUUUUCCCCGGUCCACCAGGCGCUGCAGUCAGUCACGCACGCAGCGCGCGGAAGACGCCAGGCAGCGGCGGCAUGUGCAUCGACGAAUUAGCGUUAUAAAGUGCGUUAAAACUCUCCGUGGCGCGCGCGAACGAGUAAAGAACAGCCCGUUUUGAGGAGAAACUCAUCGAAAGCGCGAGCUAGCGGCGCAGAUGGCUUUAUAGGAGGGAAUGGGUUCGCUGUCGUUGGGGGUAAUGGGAUCUGUGCGGUUAUAUGCACCGCGUCGGUAGGGCGCUAGAGCCAGACUGCAGCUGAAAGCGCCGGGAACUCGCUCCAUUCUGCGGUUUAUAACAUAACCACCGGCCAGUCGAGAUUUCAGGGGCUGAUCAAACACGUCGGGCUGCAGAUGGGCUUUCAUAUCGGUCUAAUGAAGUAAUUUGAAGCCCAUACUUCAGUCCCCGAGCGUGUGAUGAUAGGAGACACAAUGACGCUUUUGUCUCUUUUGGGUCGCAUCAUGCGUUAUUUCUUGCUCAGGCCAGAGACCUUGUUUCUGUUAUGUAUAAGCUUGGCCCUUUGGAGUUACUUCUUCCACACGGACGAGGUGAAAACCAUCGUCAAGUCCAGCCGGGAUGCCGUGAAGAUGGUGAAGGGAAAAGUGGCGGAGAUGAUGAUGAACGACAGACUCGGCGGUCUGGACGUGCUGGACGCGGAGUUCUCCAAGACCUGGGAGUUCAAGAACAACAAUGUAGCGGUGUACUCGAUCCAGGGCCGCAGAGACCACAUGGAGGACCGCUUCGAGGUGCUUACCGACCUGGUGAACAGGAGCCACCCUUCAAUCUUUGCCAUUUUUGACGGCCACGGCGGGGAGGCAGCCGCCGAUUAUGUGAAGGCCCACCUGCCUGAGGCUCUGAAACAGCAGCUGCAGGCAUACGAGCGAGAAAAGAAAGACAGUCCUCUCUCCUAUCCCGCCAUCCUAGAGCAGCGCAUCCUGGCUGUGGACCGGGACAUGGUGGACAAGUUCUCUGCCACCCAUGAUGAAGCAGGCACAACAUGUUUGAUAGCCCUGUUGUCAGACCGUGAACUGACUGUGGCAAAUGUCGGAGACUCUCGCGGCGUUCUCUGCGACAAAGACGGCAACGCUGUGGCCUUGUCACAUGAUCACAAGCCUUACCAGCUGAAAGAGCGCAAGAGGAUCAAGAGAGCGGGUGGCUUCAUCAGUUUUAAUGGUUCUUGGCGUGUGCAGGGCAUCCUGGCCAUGUCGCGCUCACUCGGUGACUACCCUCUCAAGAACUUGAAUGUGGUCAUCCCAGACCCAGAUAUCUUGACCUUUGACCUGGACAAGCUCCAGCCGGAGUUUAUGAUCCUAGCCUCCGACGGUCUGUGGGACGCGUUCAGCAACGAGGAGGCCGUGCGCUUUGUGCGGGAACGCUUGGAUGAGCCGCACUUUGGCGCCAAGAGCAUUGUGCUGCAGUCUUUCUACCGUGGAUGUCCCGACAAUAUCACUGUCAUGGUGGUGAAGUUCAAGAGCAGCUCUGGGAGCAAAACUGGAGAGUAGUUGGACUCAACCAAUAAACAGCCUCCAAUGUCUUUCCAUUAAUGCAUAUUGCCAGAGGCUAGACAGUGUAAUAAGAGGCAAACUUUUUUCUCACAAUUACAAUAAACUGUACAGAAACGCAUAUGCAUGUGCAAACACGUGCAUUCCCAGUUUUUUUUUGUUUGUUUUUUUGGUGUGUGCCAAAUGGACACUUUAUGGAAAAUGUAUUCUGUAAUUACUCCUUUUUCAAUUCAUUACUCUGUAAAGAUGAUGUAUCCUGGCCUUCCUUAAUCAGAGCAAUAUUAUUUGUGAAACAGCAAUUGGCAUAAAUGGUAGAAGGACCUUUAUUGCCUUGAAGAUGCACUCGUAGUGUUUUUUUCAGGAGACAUGCAUAAAUAUCAUAACUUUAUUAUUUUUUGUUUGUUUCUUUUUCUUGUUUUUGUGAAUUAAGGAGCCGAUGAAACCAUAUCCGGCUCUUGAAUUUGGAUGUGCAUGUUCCAUUCAUAUCAGUUCAGGGCAUUAAUGCCAAUUUACACUGGUGCUGCUCAUCAGUUAGUUUAAAAGAGGGUGGAAUAAGGUUGUGUUAGAUUACGUAUGUUACACUUUGAUUAAAUUUCAUAACAGGUCUAUGUCCCAUUCAUUCUCAGAGAUUCUAGUCAUUCCUGCUCAUUCAAGUCACUGUUUUAAUGGCUAUAUGAAUACAGAAGUGGCCGGAUUGAAGGUAGAAUGUAAUGUAAUUUGUCAAGACUGUUGAAGUAAUACUGGCAAACUGUCCUCCAGCUUUCCUCCUAGUUUACUGAUAAAAUUGGCACCAGCCCCGAUCUACACAAAGGUUUCAUUUCUUGCACUGUGUGAAAUGUAUGUGGGAGAAUAAAGCGAUAAAUAAACCUAACAAGUCAAAGCUGA